AUGCUUUCAGACCCAUCCUCUAGUUCAAAAUUCUCAGAUUUACUUCAUUUCAUACUUAAUUCAAACAAAAAGUCAAAUAAAUUCUAAAGAAUUCUCCCUCAAUUAUCAAUCACAGAGACUCUAAAUAAUUCCAUUAAAAAUGGUCGCUCAAGAAUUCAUUCUCUAAAACAUGAACCUACUGGUUUCAUUACUUAAAGGAUUGAGUUUAUACAAAACACUGGAGAUUAUUGUUACAAAGCUUUGAAUCAACAAACCUUAUCAUUAAAACAUUAGAGAGGGAGAAUUGACGAUUCAAUGGAAAAAUCUGUAGGAGCUAGUCCAUCAGUUCAUUCAUAUUAAACAACAAAGGAAGUUUAAAUACCCAUCUAUGUUAGAGUCAAUAAGAUUAAGGAGAAAUUAUAACCUCUAAAAGUACCUAGAUGA